AUGCCUACUGCAUCCGUUGGUGGCGGAUACUGGACCUUUGAAAACUACGGCCCUGUAACGACGACGUUCACCCCCGCGCCCAGCUGUACCGCGACAGAUAGACUCUCCCUCGCCUUCAUCGAUUAUGAUAGGACUCUAGACCAAUUCCAAGUCGCCUGUCCGACAUCAACGAGCGACUGGGACUGUAUGCCCCCUGGUACAACCACAUCGGCAACAUGGUAUGAUGAAAAGAAAUGGGUCGCUUCUGCUGGGUACUACUCGCCGGGAUUGUACUGUCCUUCCGGGUGGGAGACGAUUGGUAAGGCAGUGCGCGAUGAUAAGUCGCUGUCUACUUCUGGAUUCUUGACGACGUCGGAGAAGAAGAUUCCUUAUUACGAGGAGCCUGUGACGCUUUUGGCGAGUUUGUUGAAGCCGAGUGAGACACUGGCGCUUUGCUGUCCUAGCUCCAUGACACCGAACGGUAUCGGCGAAUGUAUCGCUCAAGUCCCAACCUACAAGCCCAGCGUCGGCUGUGAGGUCGACGUAGACAUGGACUACAGUUGGGAGAAAGUAACAUGGACACAAGUGUAUUCCGGUGUCACCGAGACAAACACCUACGAUGUGAACUCAUUUGUGAGCGCUACUACGUCGACUUCGUCGACAUCCUUUACUCCUGGAGCUGAGGAUGCGUUGACGGCUAUUUCUUAUGUUUCUAUGAUUACUAUGGUGCAUCAUCGGUCUGAUCUAGAGGCAGCUGGGGUUACGGGCGGGUCUACCAGUGCCCGCUCAACUGGGACUGGGACUAGGACGAGCGCUGGCACUGGGAGCUCCGAGGCUACAGGAGCUGCUGCUUCCACGUCGAACGCUGCGUAUAAGCUUGGUCAUAGAGCAUCUCCUUUGGAUGGAAUCGGUGCGAUUAUUGGGGGUUUGGCUGUUACCGUGACACUUGGUGUGACUAUGAUUAUUUUGUAG